AUUAAUUUAGGUUCUCGCCUUGUCACGAGUUGGAAUCCGGAAUUUGGUGCGUUGCUCGUUAGUUUCAAUCUAAUUUCGAUCAAAGCCUUCCGGCUAAUGAUUUAACCGCCCAAAUCGGGAGUGUGUCGAACCUAUAAAAGUAUUUUAUUAUUGCUCAAUUUAUCGCGAUUGGCGAUAGUAAUUGCGGCCACCGUUAAAGUAUUGAAUUACAGCCCCGGUCCCAAUGUCGGCGACGGUGGUUGAUGCGUAUUGCUGCAGUUUUGCCGAGGCGGUGGUCAAAACGAGCCGAAAUAACUGGUCCAUUUACCAAGUGGAGCAGCUUGAUUCAUCAACGCAGCGCGCGAGGACAUGCAUUAAUCGGUACAUUGGAUUUGUCUGUUUAUUGCGCUACUUAUCGGUGUCAACGAGGUUGUCGUUCUUGCGGCCCACCAACCAACUCUAACCAGGUGAGCAAAUCAACGGGUGCUUGAACACGACGACGAUGCCGGUUCUUUGGCCGGUGUGGUGCAACCUGCAAAUGCAUUUUUCAAUUGGGUGGAAGAACUCGUUAUUAAAAAAAUAAGGGUGACACUCACAGAAGUGCGUAUGACGAAAACUCAAUUUCCCACCGUAAAAAAGAGUUCUUGGCAGGUUUAUGGAAACCCGUCACGGUUUGCACCGGAGUGUGCCGAUUUGGUUUGGUUUGUAUUUAAACCGCAGGUCCUGGUCGAAUGGGUAUGAUUGAGCGAUCAGCUUCCAAGUCUAACGGUACCUGAGGAUUAGUACGAGCUUAGCAGCAAACAUAGAAAUGGCAUUCAAAUUCAUCGCCCUGACCACCCUUUUGGCGGCCAUCGCCGUUGGAGCCCUUCCCCAGCACGGACACGCAUCCUCGUAUCAGAGCAUCCAGCUGCACACGGCUCAGCAUCACGUUGCUCCGGUGCAUCACGUGGCCGCUGUCCAUGCCCUUCCGGUUCAUCAUGCCAUCGUGAAGGGUGUCGAGCAUCACGCCCCCGCCAACUACGAGUUCGCGUACUCCGUGCACGAUGGUCACACCGGAGACAUCAAGAGCCAACAUGAGUCCCGCCACGGAGAUGAGGUCCAUGGCCAGUACAGUCUGCUGGACGCCGAUGGCCACCAGCGUAUCGUCGAUUACCAUGCCGAUCACCACAACGGGUUCACCGCCACGGUCCGUCGGGAACCGACCGGAGUGAAGAUCGCUCAGCCGGUGGCCAAGGUCAUUGCCCAGCCCGUCCAUGCCUAUGCGCACCACGUGGCGGCUCCGGUUAUCCAGGCCACGCACCAUUAUGCUCCAGUUGCUUACCACAGUGCUCCGCUGGCGUACCAUGGAGGUCAUGGAGGACAUGCCACCAGCCAUAUCAGUGUGCAGCAUUAUUAGAGCAAUAGUUUCCUGUUUUCCAGUUGGGACCUGAUGGAUUUACAAGCAAGUGUGUGAUUGAUGCAGAAAAUGAAGUUCCCUGUUGCGGUGGAUAUAACUUACAGCUAAUACUU